AUGGGCCUUCCUGCUUCCUCCUGAGCAACUCAGAAAGCACCAGCCGCCGCAGCCACCAUGUCUCUCUCCACCGCCGAUAAGGACAACAUCACCAAGACCUGGGCAAAGGUCUCCCCUAAGGCUGCCCAGAUCGGCGCCGAAGCCUUCGGCAGGCUGCUGAUCGUCUUCCCCCAGACCAAGAUCUACUUCACCCACUUCGCUGACCUGAGCCCCAGCUCUGCCCAGGUCAAGGCACAUGGAGCCAAGGUCAUGGGGGCGAUCGCACAGGCCGUUAGCCACCUCGACAACCUGAGCGAAGCCCUGAGCAAGCUGAGCGAGCUUCACGCCUACAACCUGCGGGUGGAUCCAGUCAACUUCAAGCUCCUGGGCCACACCCUGCUGGUGUCUCUCUCGGCUAGUCUGGGCGCUGACUUCACACCGGAGGCCCACGUCGCCUGGGACAAGUUCCUGGCCAACAUCGCCCUGGUCCUGGCUGAGAAAUACCGCUAAGGGACUUGAAGUGGCACAGGAGGGGGGAGAGACAGCUAACCAACCCUGACCACACGCACGAUCUGCCUCCUGUGUUUUGCAAUUUGUUUAAAGAGAAAAUGUGACUGUGUUCCCCCCCUGAAUGUUUUGCCAAUAAACCAAAUUUCAAUACA